AAAGUGCACAGUUCGUUUCCUCGCACGUCUGGAAAUGGACGUUAAGCCCCGCAGUUUCUCUGGCCCUUGAUUUGGAGCGCGUCUUCUAAUUAACCCUGUUCAUCUAAAUCCUCCUCUUCAUCAUCUCCGUCAUCUUCGUCAUCGGAGCCAGAGAGAAGAUUUGGGAGAAGAUGGGCUGCUGCUCGGCUCGAUGCACGCUGAUCCUCCUGUGUUGCCUGCAGUUGAUGACGGCGCUGGAGAGGCAGGUGUUUGACUUCCUGGGCUACCAGUGGGCUCCCAUCACGAUCAACUUUUUCCACAUCAUCAUGGUCAUACUGGGCCUGUUUGGUGCCAUCCAGUACCGAUCCCGCUACGUUAUUAUGUACCUGCUGUGGACAUUGUUGUGGGUUGGCUGGAAUGUCUUUGUGAGCUGUCUCUACCUCGAUCUGGGGGGGCUUUCAAAGGACAGUGAUAUCCUCUCACUGGGAGUCUCGUCACAUCGCUCCUGGUGGAAGGACAACGGGCCGGGGUGUGAAAGCGAGCGUCUUCCCUCUGUUGGGUGGCAGAACCAACAAAACCCAGAGCUGACCACAGUGAUGAGCUGCUGGCUGGAUUAUCAGUACAUAGAAAUCCUGCACUGCAUCGUCCAGCUCCUCAUUUCACUCCUGGGAUUUGUUUAUGCCUGCUACGUGGCCACCACUUUUUCAGAUGAUGAGGACAGCUUUAAUUUCAUUGGUGAAUUUCCUCAUCCAUCCAAACCGUCUCAGCUGCUCUUCUAGAAUAACGAGUCAAUGAUUACAAAUGACCACAAGUGUUUGAGAGAAGCUGAAGAUGUCCCACGCAGAAGAUCCCACGCAGAAGAUCAAACUACUCUGAAGACAAUGUAUCAUCUUUAAUCCACGUCACAGGUGCUAAACUUCACUGCUCCCUGAUUCAAGAGGAGAACUGUCACAAUGUUGCAGGCCUGUGUUUUUGUUUGUUUCUCUUCCAGGCAUUAAAUGCUGCCAAUCUGGGUGCACAGCCUGUGUGCAAGUACGUGAAAGGUUGUUUAUUAAGCACUAAAGUUCAGCCGUGUAACACAAAAGUGUAGUUCUGGAAAUUGUAAAUUGUGUCUGUUUAUUUCUGAUGCUUUGUAAAGUGUGUAAAUUAUUAAUAUGUGUCAUUUCAGCUGCAAAAAGUGAUAACUUGUAUAGUGUGUGUGAUAUCAUUCAGUGGAAUAAACUUAAUCUACUAGAUGCCUUGUACUGGAGAGCUGCUAACACCGGUUGUCAUUAAAUAUUAAAUCAUUCAAAGAAAAACUUUUGUGACACAGCAGGGUGGGGGUAUGAUUUUUUUUUUUAAAUUUACUUAAUAUUUCUUAACAUGCCAUUUUAUACUUUAAAUUGUUUCUCUAACAUCUUUGCUUAGAAGUUUUAUUGCAGAUUAAUAAAAACAAAUAUUACAGAACGAAAAUGUAAUUCAACUAUGUUUUGUUAUAGAUUAUAAAGCCUAACAGUAACUACAAAACAUUGUGGAGAAUAAAGUGACUUUAAAAGUAAAUAAAGUCAAUUUGUUGAUUACGUUUACCUUUAA